GAGCUUGGUUUCACCUGGUUUCCUUGGUAUCUCUCUCUCUGCUUCUCUCCCCCUUCGCCUAUUUUUAGCGCAACUCUGCUUCUUCUCUCUCUUCUUCUUCGCUCGUCUUUUUAUUCUUUCUUCGUUUCUGUCUCUCCUUCUCUGCAUUGCUUUGCACAGGGUUGGGUCGAGCUUCGAUUUUCGUCUCCUGCAUUCGGUUCUCGAAACACAUGCAUACUGCUCUUCAAUUCCAUCCUCCUCUGUUUUCGGUAAUUGCAUUCCCAACUGGAACCCUUUUCUUAGUUUAUUCACUCUUCUUUCUUCUUGUGGGAAUAGAGGAGUUUCGAUUGUUGAAGGGUUGAAUUCAGCUCCGGUUAUCUUGAUUCUUUAAUAUUAUUGGGUUAGGUUUUUUUGGGGGACUUUCUGGUUGCCCUGUUUCUUUGCAAUCCUCUGUGGCACCUGAAAUUGAAUGUUUUCGUUUUUUUAUUCAUAAUUCCCUUUUGUGGUGGGAAUCGGGUUUGAUUCUUUCCUUCUUUCUAUUUAGAAAGAAGGGUUCUUGAUAUAGGGCUUGAUUUUGUAUUCCUUGGUGCGUAAAAACUCAGAAGAAUGGCCGUGAAUUGGGGUGAGUAUGGAAGUUUAUGGAGCGUUAGUAGCUUCAAUUGGGAUUUGGAGAAUACCCAUUUUCGUGUGAAUGGCAAGCCUGAAUCAAAAGGCUUUGGUGAGGUUGUUGGGGAUGAUAUCCUGGAGAAAUUGCCUGAAGAUCCAUUUGGGAUGGAGAUAAGGUCUACGUUUGCAGCGCUUGGUUUCGUCCCAGAUUUUGGAGAGGAUUGGGGUUCUGAUAUUUGUGGAUUUGGGAUGCAAGAUGCUGGUGAAAAGUCUGUUUUUCAGCCGAUGAUUCACAGUAUAAAUUGGGUUUAUAACAGCACAAAGGGGUUCGACCCAGAUGAUAGCUACAAUCAAUAUAAUAUAUUUGAUGAACUAGGGACAGAUGAUGAAUCUAUUAUCGUGGAUUCUGUUUUGGAUGAUAAAGCUGAGAGAUUGCAGGAAGCAGGGCCUCCACAUAAUGCCAUGUUUUUUGCUCUUGGUUAUCUUGGUGUUAGGGACCUCCUCGCUGUUGAAAGGGUUUGUAGGUCCUUCCGCAAUGCGAUUAGAGGUGAUCCUCUUCUAUGGAGGAGUAUUCAUGUCCAUCAGCCAUUCAAUGAGAUGAUUACAGAUGAGACUCUUGUGAAAUUAACUAGCAGGGCUCAAGGCACCCUUCAAUGCUUGAGUUUAGUGGAUUGCAGGAAGAUCACUGAUUUUGGUUUGAAGUGUGUUCUCGAGAGCAAUCCAAGGCUGACUAAGCUUAGUGUGCCAGGAUGCAUAAAACUGAGUAUUGAAGGCAUCUUGUUCAAUUUAAGAGCCUUGAAGUCUGCUGGUUCCCUUAGAAUAAAGCAGUUAAGGAUUGGUGGGCGCUUAGGCAUAACAGGUGAGCAGUUUGAAGAGUUGAAGUUCUUGAUUGGUGUAGAUAACAUGGUGCAGCCAAGAGCCCCAAAACCACUAUUUUAUCGUGAUGGGCAGCAGUAUCUUCCCUGGGAUGAUGAUCGUGCCAUUGACAUUGAGAUGUGCCCUAGAUGUCAGCAUCUGAGACUAGUUUAUGAUUGCCCAGCAGAGAGUUGCGUUAAUGCUGCUCAGUUGUGCAGGGCUUGCAGACUCUGCAUAACACGCUGUAUUCAGUGUGGAUGCUGCAUAGAGAACCGUGAUUAUGAGGAGAUGUUCUGCCUAGGUAAUCGUUGCAUGGAUUGUAAAAGGGAAGAGAAGCCGGAAAUGUUAAGUGCUUUCCAUCAGGAGACAAGCUAUCAAUUAAGUUUUUAUGGCUAGAAAAGAAGAAAUUGCAUGUCUUUGGCUGGAAAUUACGGAAGGCAGCAGUUGAACAUGUGCAUAGAAGCCAAUGCAGAAAUCCAGCAUCUUCACAUGCAUGCUGCGUUGAAGCAUGAGUCAUAAUGGCCAUUAGAUUCUGCAGUACUGCUUGAUUGAUGCAUCUGUGAGAUUUCACUGGGAAAGAUCACUAGCCAUGUUGAUCUCAGAGGAGGAAAAGAUACAGAAACAUUUUUGUCUGCAGAAUCGCAUGAUUCAAGGAAAGAAAAAAAGGGAGACUGGAAAUAAAAAUGAGAAAGGAACAGGAGGUGUUGAUAAGCCUAGAAGUCAGAGGAUGAGUAAUGAGGCUCAAGAGGAGAUUCAGGGAAUAUUGGGGCAUUGUUAUCGUUUACAUGGCUGCUGCAACACCUGCUAGCAGAUUCUUAUCCUGUGACAGGACUGUUCUGCUAUUUUAAGCUAGGAUCCUCUCGUCACGAAAGUUAGGACCUGUUGGUAUUGUUUGAUGCCAAGGCGGCCCUUCCUACGGGCCUUGAAAGUUCAGUUUAACAUGUAAUUGAUUAUCAAGGCGGACCUGUUGUAUUGUUUGAUAUCAAGGCAGGCCUUGAAAGUUCAGUUUAACAUGUAAUUGAUUAGCCAUCAAAUUCACUCUUGUUGGUGUUCUUUGUCGAUAUUGCUUUAUUGGCUAUAUGUCACUCUCCUUUCUUCUAGAUGUUUGAAAGUUCAGUUUAAAACGUAAUAGAUGAUGAGAAAAAUU